AAAUCUCUUUCUUAGAAAACACUGUACAAAGUUUGAUUAAUGAAGUUAAUAAAUUAAAAUUUGAUAAAUCAAAUACAUCAAAUGAUCUACUGACAUAUACUGACAAUGAUGAUAUUAGUGCAUUGAGGACAACUGGGUUGUCAUGUCUAAUGAAUAACAUGGAUCUUUGUAAUUACAAUGAUAUUGAUGCUAAUAAUCUUACUGAAACUGGUGAAACUAUUAGAGCUCCUUAA